UCCAAGUGGAGCAGGCGCCAUGUGCACACCUCACACCUGACCACUUGCACCGCAUGCGCAGGAGUCCGAUGGAUCAUUUCCAUGCAUCCAUCCCGUUCUCCUGUCCGGAUGCGUGACAUGCUUGUCGGGAGCAGAUAGUGGAGUUUCCGGGCGCGCGUGUGCAUGCUCACGUGCGCGCGUGUGCAUGCGUGUGCGCAGUAGCUGCGAGGGAAGGCGAGAGAGGCGGGAGUCUGCGCUUGGUGGAGCUUCCCAGACCGAGACGAGCGAACCUGCACUUUACGCCGCCUCCUCCUGAGUGGAUAUGAUGGAUGUUUAACGAGCGGAUGGGAUGCCAGUUUAUAGCAUCGUCGCCAAAUUCCCCGACACGUCCGGUGAUUCCAUACAGCUGGCAGCAGAAGGAGAAGUUCUGACCAUGACUGACAACAACGCCCCCAAGUCUGCUAAAAAACCCCGCUGGACCUCUCUGGAGGUCGGUCUCAUCGCUGUUGUCUCCUUGCUCGUCAUCAUCGUCGUGACCCUCAUCAUCCUCUUUGCCACUCUGCAGACAGACAAAAUCUGCACUACGGCUGACUGCACUUGGUCGGCGGCUCGCCUGAUUGAAAACAUGGACGCCAGCGUGGAUCCUUGUGACAACUUCUACCAAUACGCCUGCGGAGGGUGGCUCAAAAAGAACAUUAUCCCAGAGACCAGCCCGAGAUAUAGUACCUUUGCUGUCCUGCGAGACGAGCUGACAGUCGUCCUUAAAGGUGUUCUUGAAAAAAAAGUGGAGGGCGAAGCAAAAGCUCUCAGCAAGGCUAAGACCCUCUACAAGUCCUGCACCAAUGAGAGUUUAACUGAGCAAAAAGGAGGUGCUCCUUUGCUCAUGACGCUGCCUGAUGUGUUUGAGUGGCCCAUGGCUGUGGACAACUGGGACACCGACUAUGGUAAAAGGUGGCGGGCGGAAGAUGUUAUAGCCAAGUUGACCGUGAAAUACCAAAAUCCACUCCUGGUCUCCAUGUACGUUGAUGUCGAUGAACGGGACUCCAAAUCACACAUCAUUCAUUUUGAGCAACAGCACAGCCUGGACCUCUGGUCCAAAAGUUACUAUGCUUGUAAUGGAUCCUACGAGGAGGCAUGCCGGCUCUACGAGCUGUUCGUGAUUGACCUGGUGAAGCUGAUCCGCAAAGACCGAGGUCUUUCCUUCAACGAGACGCUGGUCAGAGAGGAAGUGACUCGGAUUAUGGAGCUGGAGAAGGGCAUUGCCGAGGCUAACGAUCCCCCAAGUGUCUCUAGCGAUCGAGAGUUGCGUUACAACAAGAUGGAACUUGCCGAUCUCAACGCCAAUUUCACCCUUGAAGUUGAUACGAGGCUGUUCAACUGGAGUUAUUUCACCGCCCAGAUAAUGAAUACAGUCAACAUCACUGUCAUGGAAACAGAGGAGGUCAUAAACCUAAACCCCAACUAUUUCAGAAGGCUCAACCAACUGUUGGCCAGAUAUACAAAGAGGGAUGUGCAGAACUACUUGAUGUGGCGUUUUGCUUCGCAGAUGGUGGUGCACCUGAGCAAGGCAUACAGGGACACAGCCAAAGCCUUCAAAAAGGCGAUGAAUGGCGCGACGGCGGAGGAACCAGUGUGGCGUCAGUGUGCGGGGUUUGUCAAUGGCGCCAUGUAUAAUGCCGUAGGGCGACUGUAUGUGCAGGAGGCGUUCUCCGACAACAGCAAAAAGAUGAUGGAAGAGAUGAUUACAGAGAUCCGAGAUGUCUUCAUCAGUAACCUCAAGGAACUGACAUGGAUGGAUGCAGUCACCAAAAAAGCAGCAGAGGAAAAGGUUAGAGCUAUCCGGGAACAAAUCGGCUACGCUGACAACAUCAUGGAUGACAAAUACCUCAACAACGAGUACAAAGAUCUGAACUACAGCGCAGAGGAAUUCUUUGAAAAUAUUGUGCAAACGGCGGCCUUCAACAACAAGAAAAUCCUGCAGAAACUCAGAGUGGACGUCAACAAAGAUGAGUGGGUGUCAGGAGCAGCAAUCAUUAACGCUUUCUAUUCAUGGAGAAAAAACAUCAUAAUAUUCCCUGCUGGUAUCCUACAGCCGCCGUUCUUCAGUAAAGGCCAGGCCAAAUCUCUCAACUACGGAGGAAUCGGCAUGGUCAUCGGCCACGAGGUCAUGCACGGCUUUGACAACAUCGGUCGUAAAUAUGAUAAAAAUGGCGACCUGAAGGACUGGUGGACAGAGGACUCGGCUCAAAGGUUCUUGGAGCUGUCUGCGUGCAUUGUCGAUCAGUAUGCUAACUUCUCUUGGGACCUGGCCAACGGACUUAAUCUAAAAGGUAACAACACCCUUGGGGAGAACAUUGCUGAUAACGGAGGAGUUCGGCAGGCCUAUCAGGCCUAUAAGAACUAUGUGAAGAAACAUGGUGAGGAGGCACUGCUGCCAGGACUCAACCUUAACCACGAUCAACUCUUCUUCCUCAACUUUGCUCAGGUGUGGUGUGGAACACGACGACCAGAAGAUGCUUUGAAUUCCAUCCAAGUCGAUCAACACAGUCCAGGAAAAUUCAGGGUGCUGGGCUCCCUUCAGAACUUCCCAGAGUUUGCCAAAGUGUACGGCUGCAAUAGAAGCAGCUACAUGGUCUCGGACAAUGUUUGCCGCGUGUGGUGAUCCGCAAAGCUCUGUGGGCCUGUGUGGACUGCCUCAUCGGUCCUAGGACCUCAUAUAGGAAGUGGGAGCCCACCCAUCCUGACGGAGUAAGCCUGCCAUGAGUGCACUUCCUCGGAGAUGAGCAGCGCUGGCUAUAAAGCUCCACAAAUAGACGGAAGUGAGCAUCACUCCUGUCCUUACUACUACUUACAACCAACAAUCAGUCUUUGUCUUAUUGUUUUUUUUUCUUUUGUUUGUUUUCUGUACUGCACAGGGGUUAAUGUACUCCAACCCACUAUCUUAUAAAUACACCCAACGCCCACUCACACUCAUAAAAGAGGGCUGAACCACUUUGCUGUUAUGUAGGACUGUCAUCAGCUUUCAUCUCAUGUACUCUCUCUGUUAAUACAUACUGUAGGUUAGAUCAAUUAUUACAGAAAAUAUGAUUAUAUUUUGCCGAAUAGCGCAGUAAAUACGUAACCUACAAUUACACUUUUUACAGUGCUCUCAUACUGAGUUGUUUGAUCAGUGAGUAGGCGUCCGACAUUUAGUACCAGUACAAUACUUUACUUUAUGUCAAACACGUACAGUACGUCGACGGACACUUAAGAUCCUCUCACUAGUCACUGAAAUAAUCGACACACUCUGUUUAGGCCGUUCCAUUGGUGGCUUUGUCACGUCAAUGGCUGCCUGCUCUAUGUUACGCAAAUCGCAAUGCCUUACAUAACCUGUGGUGCCACAGUUAGGGUAUGAUCAGGGGUUAAGGUAGAUUAUAGUCAAGAGUCAACAGGCUUUACUGUCAAUUCUGCAGUUAUAUACCAAACAUACCGAGAAUGUUUCUACGAAAUGUUAGGGUUAGACUUUGGUUAGGUUUGGCUAAGGGGUUUAGGUAUGGGGUUAAGUUAGGGUUGAGUUGAGGUAUGCUCAGGUCAUUGAAUCGAUAGCAACUGGACUGUUCUGGUUUCGUUUCUCAUCCAAGCAGGCUUCAUCAGUUCAUGUACUAAGGCUUGAUAGAACAGCUCUAGCCUGAGUGUUGUGCAGAAAAACCAAGUAUUUAUACUAAUAAAAUUAGAAGCAUGGCCCAGCCAAGAGUGAUUUUAAUCUUUUGGGAUACAAAGCCACUAUUGAUAAAAUACAUUGGAUAUUUGGGUUUCCACAUCAACACUCAGGUUAGAGCUUUCAGGUGCCUCAACCACCCUCACCCUUGUUGCAACUGAACGAUAUAUCCAUUAAUCCAUUAUCUUUACCGCUUAUCCUCACUAGAGCUGCUGGAGCCUAUCCCAGCUAUCUUCGGGCAGGAGGCGGUGUACACCCUGAACCAUUCGCCAGCCAAUCGCAGGGCACAUAGAAACAAACGACCAUUCACACUCACAUUCAGGGCAAUUUAGAGUUUCAAUCAACCUACCACGCAUGUUUUUAGGCUGUGGGAGGAAACCGGAUGAUCGAUUCAAUACCCUGAGGACGCAAUGACCUGGAUGAAUGAAAAUAUUCUCAGCUGAGUUAAGGUAUGGUUCAUGAGUUAUGGGUUAGGUUUAGGGGUUAGAUUUGCAAUUAAGGUUAAUGGAUAGGUUAGGGUUACCAUUUGGAUUUAGGCAGAUAGUGUUAGUUGUUAGUUGUUGACCUUAAGGCCACCUCAACAGGGGGGCUUGUUAGAUAUAUUUCUAUGCUGCUGCUUGCAGGACGCUAGGACACACACACUAGCUUUUGUUUGUUAAAACUGACCACACUAUGUUAUGAAUACACACACACACGCACACACAUGCACCACAGACAUACUGAUAACAUUCAGGCUGAGAGCAGGCGAGAACUGGUUUGAUAAGGCGCCACUAAAGCAAUGGACUGUUAUCUGAAAAGGGGAGCCACUCGGCUUCCGGAUCCCACGAGAGAAGAUAGAGAGAUCAGCGCUCGCUGAAUGCUUCAAACUUGAUCAUAGCUUUGAAAACCUGUACACUUUAUUCUGUUGUAUUAAAUACUCAAAAGACAAGUUCAGUGUAUCAGGAUUCUUAUUUGGAAACAAAUUCACCACCAAACAUUAAAAGAACCGGGACGAAGGAAUUCAAGCACUUUUUCCUUACGAGGCCGACUGGGCAACUCCUGGGCGUCGUUUGGAAUUCCUUACAGUAGGUUAGCAGUUAGGGUUAGGUGGUUAUGUUUAGAACAUAGUUUGAGGUUAGGGUUGGCAAUUAGGGUUAAUGGUUAGAGGGUGGGUUAGGGCGACACUUUCGGUUUAGUGGUUAUGGUGUAGGUCAUGGUUAUGGAUUAUGGUUAGGGCAGUUAAGUUUGACGUUAGAGGGUAGUUAAGGGCCUUGGGUUAGUUGGUUAGAGCAGUGAUUCCCAACCAGAAUGCGUGGUAUGAGGCAAGAGAAUAUCAUAAGUGCCGUGGGAAAUUAUCCAAUUUUACUUAAUGUGUCCGAAAAGGCCGGCACGGUGGACGGUUUUCUCCGGGCCCUCCGGUUUCCUCCCACAUCCCAAAAACAUGCGUGGUAGGUUGAUUGGAGACUCUAAAUUCUUCACAGCUGUGAAUGUGAGUGCCAAUGGUUGUUUGUUUCUAUGUGCCCUGCGAUUGGCUGGCGUCCGGUUCAGGGUGUACCCCGCCUCCCGCCUGAAGAUAGCUGGUAUAGGCUCCAGCAACCCGCGACCCUAGUGAGGAUAAGGGGUAAAGAAAAUGGAUGGAUGGGUGUCCGAAAAGUAUUAUUAAACUAUUAUUAUUAUUAGUUAUUAAUUACAAACAUAUAUUUGUUCAUCUAUCUAUGCCAGCAACAUCUAGUGACAGGCAGAACAAUGAAAUGCUCCUCCUUCAGAUGGCAGAAGGUACAAUAAACACGUCUUGCCAUUCAUACAAAAGAAUAAGUCAUGGCUUCCUGCGUGUAUAUCAGCUUUGUGUUCAAUUAAACAGGCCCAAAUUUCACACGAAGUACAUACAUUUUAUGUAACUCGAGACGAGAACAUCAUUAUUUCAGUAUUCAUACGUUUUGUGAUAUUUACAUUUAGUGGUCUGCUGUGAGAUUCUCAUGCAAAAUGGGUGCCUUGACUCAAUAGAAGUUUGGGAAGCACUGGGUUAGAGGCUAGGGCUUAAAGUUGGGUAGAGUUAGUGUUAGAGGUCAGGGUGUAAGAUAUGGUUCCUGGAUUUAGGUUAGGUUGGUAAAAGGUUAAGGGUUUGAGUUUAGGCUUUGGGAUUGUGGUUCGGCAGUUAGGCAUUCGCAGCAGUGGUUAGUGGGUGAAUUAGGGUUUGAGUUAGAUAGUUAGGAUAGGGAUUAGUGGUUAGGGUUAUUAAAUUAGUGGCGUCAUGAAAAAAAAUUCAGGUUUUGAUGUUUGCUGCAACUGAGAGAGUGGAUUUGUGAGUGCAGAACAGUGCGAGGAAAUUCAUAUCCCAGAGGCUCAAUACCUCUUUCAUCAUAUGGACAUGGUAUAAUAUUAUUAUUAAGCUGUGAGCAAAGAAGAGGUCUUUAACAGUGUUGUAACACGUGCUAUUUUUCAAGUUGAAAAAAAACGACUCAUAUAAUGUUCUUUCAUGAACUUUGUGCUUGUUUUGAGGGUGUUGUUGCCUCGGGAGCACUUGGGUUUAAAAGACUUCAUUUGAGGAAGUUUUUCUCUCGCUGGUCACAACAUUAGGUACACCUGCACAUUAUCAUAAGAGGAUCCUAUACAAGCUGACCGUCGAAAUAGAGCAUUAUAAUCUUUGUUAAGGGAAAAUAUUUGCUCCAACUCUUGUAUUGUGUCUGUGCAGGGGUACCUAUGAACCUCCGUAGUAGUCAUGGAAAUAUUGCCACACUGACACCAAUUUAAGGUUUUAAGGCACAUAAGAAUAAAACAUUAUUUUAUACAUGGGGGGGGGGGGGGGGGGAAUCUAAUCCCAUAUGUGAUGGCUUUCCUAAUGGAAUCUGUUUGUCUGUUGGCAUUUAAAGAGACUGUUUAGAUGCAUGUCUAUUUGUGAAAUGUUGUGCUCUUUUGGGACUUCUCUUAUUCAAAUGUAACUGCAGGCUGCAAUAAAAAAGUCCUUUGCAUUUUUCAAAGAGAUCAUUCCAAACAUUUCAAUGUUUUUCUGUUAUCCGUGCACAUAGUUGUGUCAAUCAUUCACUCAGGCUUUCUUUCUCUCAGCUUCAUUUCACCUGUAAAAAGAUAGAUAUACCUCAGUUGCCUGUAUUUUAAUUUUUUUUAGUAAUAUAAUAAUCAUCUUGAAGAGCAUUUCUGUCCCCUUUCAAAAUAAAAUAUUUCAAUGACUGAA